UUGAAAUUGUGAAACAAUGUGAUUAUGCUGUUAGAUUUUCAAAACAAUACUGUGGCGAAGAAUUCGUCAUUAUUUUUUCACAAAUUGAAAGGUUAUGCAAGAGAUGCUGCUGUUAUAAAAGAGAAAGUGGUCGGAGAUGUGAAAGAGGUGUUAUUGCCUAUAAAGAAUAUGCUAAAUGUCGAGAAGGUUGUGAAUGUUGUAACCAACCCAUCGUCAUACAGAGAAAUAGGGACAAAUCCUUCAGAGUUUAAAAGAGCAGUCCAUGGUGUGUCCGCAUAUCAUUCUGGAUCUGGCUUGCAAAAUAGUUUGAAUAAGUUUGCGGAUGUGGGUCCAUACACGACUGAAACACCGAAUUCGCAGGAAAUCGUGAGAUGCCCUACAUCAGAUAUUGGCUUCACCAAUUCUGCAAGUGGAUCGGAUGAGGGUGAAAAUCGAAUAAAAAAUGAGCCGAUUGAAAGUUAUGCUUGGCAUGACUGUCAUCCAUAUGAAAAUGAGUGGAGAACAGAUUCUCCAGGCAAUGUAAUAAACAGACAAAUAAUGAAGGAUGUCCCAAGUUCCACGUUGCAUUCAUUCACAAUUGGUGAAAAAUCUGACCAGGAUGUGUUUCAUGAUGCUUUUACUUGCAUCAAUGUUCAAGAUACCCAUAUCAGAAAGUGCACUGCAAGUACUUGCAAAUUCUCUUUUCCGAAUGAAGACAGUAUUAUUAAUUUUGGCUCUGCCGAAGAUUUCGAAACCAACAAACUGAUGGGAAUUAUGGAUCACCGCCAAAUUAUAAGAAGUAGAAAAUCGUUCAAAGAUCAACUUGAACCUUCACAUCUUCAUGAGGUCUUCAUGAAACCAGAUGCAAGACAUUUUAUUGAACCCAAUGCAGAAAUCAACAAAACUUUUGGGGAAGAAGAUGAUGUCAAAGAAUCUUUCAAGGACAAAAUGAAUAAUCUGUUUCAGACUGUACAAAUGUCAUGGCUGGUUAAUAAACAUGACUAUGAAGAGAAUAGGUGUUCCCGAGAAAUGAAUGCAAGUGACAAAUUGCGUCAUUCAAAUAUGUUUCCUCGCCAUAUUUUCUUGCUUGAGUUUCUGCUCAACUCUAUCUAUUUUGAUGAGAAAUUAAACCAGGAAUUUGUAGCUGAAUGCAUUUCUAAAAUAAAGCAUUCAUGGGAGCCGUCACAAAAAGCAAGAAAAAGAUGUAACCCGUUGUCUUGUGACGAAGACACAUUUGACAUAGUAAGUGAGAAGAAAUCUACCGUUAGAAAAUACCUUUGGAUCAAAGAAUGUUAUACUGGUAGUGUAGAUGAAGCUUCGUUUGUCGUCCUUCUUUUUAUCUUGAGGGAAAUUCGCAAACAAAAACAAGCGUUAGCAGCUCAUUACAUGGUUCUAACUUUUAAAGAAUGUAAUGUGGUGAAUUGCCAAGGAUUUCACAAAGUAUUUGAAUGUGAAAAUUGUGCUGAUCUUGUCAAAAAGAUUAAUCUGUUUCUUUUGACUGUACGAAAUGCGUACGAAAAACAAAAGCGCGCACGAGGGCAAGAUCUGAUGAAAAAAUGUAUGUUAUGUACUGAAUCUAAUCAACUAGCUUGUCAAAAAAAAUUUGAAGAAAAUGUGAAUGAGACUGGAGAAAACCUCGUAGAUCUUGAAGAUGCAAACGACAAUAGUAGUCUAAUGGAGGCCGCUCCAGAGUCGAAACACAAAGACGUGGUUAUAACUACAACAACCAAAUUUUUGACAACUUGUGGUGCAAAAAGUUUUUAUAGACAAGGUCUUACUCUAACACAAGGAAUCUGUCCAAGUUUGGAAAAGGCAGAUUUACUGAUUUCUGCAUUAAAAAACUAUCGGUUCACCUUUUGGAGACAUACUUUGACAGAACAACUAAUGAACAAGGAUGAAAAAAGUGGUGUUUUUCAUGGCUGUGAUGAAUCUAAGCAAUUACUUUGCCAAAAAGAUGAAAAAUAUUUUCAAGGAAACUUUGGUAAAACUGAGGAAAAUAAUGUUGAUUUAUAUCCGGACAUCAAAACUGAGGGUGGAAAAACAAAGAAGUCUUCAAUUGUGAAAAAUCAUGAUCAAGAAGUAGAACAAACUACUUUUUCUCGUCAAAAUCAAGAAACAUGUUACAUAUCAAGUUUCGCCUCUGAUGAAAGAAAUGUAAUAGUAACAUGGGCACCUCCAAAAGAGCGUCAUUACUAUUCAAUCAAGAUCUACAAAGCACGCCCUUUUCAAGUUUUGCAAGACAUCGAUAAUAUAGUGGAUUCGAAAGUAGACCGUUUGGGAAAGAAAACUUUGAGAAUUUCAUUCAAACACAAUAGAGGGGUGAAGCCUUAUCAAUUUGAUAUACUAGGCGAUCAGCAAGGAAAGAAAAUUUUUUUAUUUUCACAUAUCAAAAAUGGAAAUGAAAAUCAGGGUGAGUCUAUGCUCUCUGAGAAUAUCUACAGCGGAUUUCAACUGCAUGCUUGUCAAGAAAAAGCAAUAUUUGGCUCCCUAAACCUGGCCAGAAAUGGAAGCCUUAUCAGGAUUAACCAAUCUAAAUUGGAUUCAGGAAACACAGCUUUUGGAAGAUUGGUCGAAAUUAAAAAUAUCAAAUUAGAAUGCUCAAAUCUUCAGAAGAGCGAUUUAUUGAGAUUUAUUGAUUAUUUCAAAUGUAAUGAUGAAAAGCACUUUUCAUUAAAGUUUUGGAUUAAUGUGGAGGUGGUAUCUCAUCAAGAAGAAUGUAGAGAAUACGCACAUGAUGAACAUGACCUUUCUGCAUUUCAAACGUCAAUGUGGAAAAUUGUAAAAAUUUUCCUUUCCAGCUCUACUGAUUAUGGCAUUGCAGUGACCAUUUUUCGCUCUUAUUCAGUAGUCAAGUUUGGAGAACAUGAAGUUGUUCUGAAGCCUAAACAAGGUGGACGUCAAAUCAUUCUUAAGAAUGAAAGCAUUUUAAAGAUAGCUCUGAUCAAUUCGGACAAAAAGGCAGUCACUAACGGAUCUGAAUCUAAUACUCAACUCCCAGAAAUAGUCUUAGAAAUCUCUUUGAAGUGGUCCGACUUUAAGAAUCUGGACAUAUUUACAAGAGGCCAAGAAUUAGUGACAUACUCAACAGAAGCGCGUUAUGCUUUACCCUUGAUGAGCGAACAGCCUGGCCGUUUCGGUGAACCAACGUUCCAUCAGUUUGAUGAGUCAGACGGGUCUUUUGGAAACUUCAAUACUAAUGAAGUUACUUUGCCGAAUCGCUGGAAUAAAGUUUUCAGAAAAGCCUGUUUGAAAGAGAUCAGUCAACAUGACGCAGAUAAAAUUAAGCCUGUUCUCGGUUUCCAAACUGCAGUCGAAAGAAUCUUAGUAUUCCAUGAACAACAAGAAGGGAUCAAAAAUGGCGUCCCUCCAACGGAAAAUUAUCAGAAUUUUGAAUUGCGCAGAAGAACUUUUCUUUCGAAUGAUGAUACUAAAUCUUGUGCAGAAAAUUUAGCAAGAGCUGGCUUCUAUCUCAACCAGAAUGAAGUACUGACUUGUUUCAGCUGUGGAAGCGCUUCUCAGCUGACUCAAGAAAUUAGAAGAAAUGCUUUCGAUUUCAAACUUCACCAUCCAGAUUGUCUUCACAUACAAAGAUUCAGCCACACUAUUCAACCAUCAAAUCAAAAAAAGCAACUUUCAGAUGUCGAAGCUGACGGAUCUAUAUCAGAUGAUGUUCGAGACCCACCAGGACAACAAAGCAUCUAUAUCCCACCAGGUGAUGUCAGAAGAGAAGCCUACAGACUGUCAACCUAUGAGCAUUAUCCAGUUUCAUCUCCUAUCAGUAGAAAAAGUCUGGCAAGAGCAGGUUUCUACUUCACCGGUUUCUUCGAUCGGGUGAAAUGUUUUUCUUGCGCGAGAACAGUAGAACGAUGGAAUGAUAUAGACAGUCCUACUGAUAUAAGAUGGCACAAAUCAGACUGUUUAUUCGCAAGAAACCAUGACAGUGGCAACAUACCAAUAAGAAGUUUAUUUGAGAGAAGUAGUAAUCAAGCUGGCCCAUCCAGAAAUCAGGAGGAAGUGCUACAGCAAAGAGACGCCACUGGAGAAGUGGUACGAACCGUAAGAUAUCCCGCAGAUUUACCAGAGAGAGUUAGACAGACUGGGGGCACGUUUGAAAUUGGACCUAAUAAUACAAUAAGAAUACAAACCGGUCCAGGACAAAAUACUAGAAAUGUUGGUGGACUUGGGUCCCAACCACCCCAACCAAGAAGAUGGAGAAUGGCGAAUGUUAUUUCAUCCGAUCACAGAAGAUUUUUAACUAACUUGCAUUUGAACAGAGAACUUGACAGACUUGCUUCAUUUGCUCGAUGGCCGGUUGGUCGUCCGAGUGUGUCACCAGCGGCUUUAGCGAGAACGGGAUUUUUCUAUCUUGGUGACAUGGACAGAACUCAAUGCUUUUCUUGUGGUGGAGUUUUGAGGAAUUGGACUCUUGAAGAUGAUGCGAUGGCAGAACAUCGUUCACAUUUCCCCAAUUGUAAAAUGAUACUCGGAACCGAGCAACGUAAUUACAAAGUCAAUGAGUUUCCCGACCCACCUGCAGAUCGUGCGAGAGAUUAUCCAUGCAGAUUUCCAUCCAAUCCACAUAUGAGAAAUGAAGUUGCAAGACAAGAUACCUUUGAUCGUCGAUGGCCGGUGGGAAGAACAGCUGCAACUCCUGCAGAAAUAUCGCAAGCUGGAUUCUUCUUUCUAGGAGAACGAGACCGCGUUAAAUGUUGGUAUUGUAACGGUGGUCUCCAGAAUUGGGAAUACGACGACAUGCCAUGGAUCGAACAUGCAAAAUGGUUUCCAACCUGUCAGUUUUUAUUGCAAGUAAAAGGACAACAUUUCGUGUAUCGGCAUUUAACAAUGAACCCCCAUCUUGCACGUCCGAUCAUCGCAAAACAAGAUGGAGCGACUGUUGAUCCCACUGGAGGCAAUGCUGGAGGUACAGGAGGAUCUGGUCAAGGGAAUGUUGAUAUUCCACCUGGUGGUCCGGCAGACAGACAACCUGAACCAACACCAGAGAUCAUUGAUCCACAGGUUGAGAUGAGAAAACGUAAAGAAAGAGUGAAAACUACAAUGGAGAAAUCAGAUCUUGUGAAAAGUAUCUUACUGAUGGGAUUUGAUGAAAAAAUUGUUGCAGCUCUCCUUGAAGAUAAAAUCGAGAGUGGAAACGUUGAAAAUCCUGAUGAUAUUUAUGAUUCUAUGUCGAGCUUACUUGAUGAUGUCAUGAAGAAAGAACAAGAAAUCAAAGAAGAGGAGAGUCAGAUGCAGGCUGCUGUUCAGAUACCUGCAGUGAUGAAUGUUGGUGGGGCUACUUCUAUGGCUUUUCAAUCUUAUAACUCAGCCUACAGCUCAAUGUCUACUCCAAUGUCAUCGUUGGGGCCUUCCCCGGGAUCGGGAAAAUAUCAAGUUUCAUUGAUUGAUGACAAUGAAGAACCGAUGGAUGAAGACAUGUAUGGAAGUGUUGAAGCUGGCCCUUCCACCACUGAAGUAACUCCAGCAAAACAACUUCUCAAUGCAGAAGAAAAUUCUGAGUCACUCCAGCAACAACUGGAAAAAAUAGAAGAAGAGAGAAUGUGUAAAAUCUGUUUCAGUAAUCCUGCUGAUAUGGUUUUUAUUCCUUGUUCUCAUAUGAUUUGUUGCAUGGAGUGUACACAGGCAAUCAGACAUUGUCCCGUUUGCAGAAAAAAGAUCGAAAAAGCGAUCAAGACAUAUGCGAAUUAAGAAAUUAGACAUGUUUCAACCCAGCAAUAAACUCUCAGUAUGUUUUGGAUAUUUCACCACUUUCCUGAAUAUGGCACUCUUUUUUGGAUAUAUCAAUUUUUUCUUCACGUGAAGAUCUUUUUUGGUAUUCACCCUCAAGAACAGAGAGAGAUAGAUCGAAAGAAGUUAAUUAUUUUCGUCAUUUUACCAGCCUUCUGGUUACAGGCAAUCAGACAAGUUGGAAUAAUUACAGCUUGAACUUUUCCGCUUAGGUCUUUUCUACUUUAAUUUGAAAAAUAUACAUAUGCCUUUCAGUAAAUUGUAUUGUGAAAAAUAUGAAGGUGGCUCUUUUUUUAAUUAAUUAAUGUGCUUUGGUCUUUUUCACAAACCAAUCGCAUUACGCAUGUGAUUGUAUGUAUUGUGUAUAUAUUUCAUCUUAAUACUACAACAAAUUGUUUUUGUUUGUCUGUUUCAAUAUUGUAUUGAAUUUCAUUCCAGACAUUGUCGUUGAUGGGUAAAAUUAGUUUAACUUUUAUUCAUUUUUAAGCAUGGUGUACUGGUGGGAGGAGGGAAUGGUUUCUUUUGGUUUAAAUGGUUUAGGUAUUCGAUUUUCAUUUUCAAACGGUGGUUGAAAGUUUUUGGUCUCUAUAUUUUCGGUCUAGGUUUAAUUAUAAAAUUCAAGGGGCAUUUUUUAUCUAGACUUUUUUUCUUUUUUUUUUAUCUAUACAACUUAAAAGGGCCAUGGAUAAAACAUUGCCAAAACAAUGUUUAUAAUUGAAAUAAGACAUAAAUUCGAUAUAAUCCUGAUGUAGGUACUUACUAAGGUUCAAUCUCACAUAAUAAUGUUUUGUAGUGUCAGAAGCUUUCAGCAUCCAAGUGGCCACCCACAGCUUCGCUCAAAGAUCAUUUUCUCUAAUUUUUGAUUGACUUCCUGUGACCUUUCUUGGGCAAAUGUUUUUUUUUAAAAUGAUUAAUGUAGUAAAAAGGAUCAUCAUCCACAUUUCUAAAAAAAAGUGUUCUCCAUCAUUUCGAUACAUCAUUCCAUCAAUUGCAAUCUAUCUUGUGUUUAGACGAAUUUUUAACUAAUUUUUACAGUGGACUUUAAAUAUUGAGUACAUGUUCUAAAAUUUCAUUUUUCUUUGGGGAGAGGAAAGCUUAUACGAUUGUGCAAUUAUAUGACAAACCGUGACUUCUUUAUUCAAUUCCCAGUUCCCAGUAGGGUAACUCUCAGGCUAAAGAGAGGGAAAAAAUUUACUUGGACUCAAAACUUAAAAAUUUUUACCCUGACAUAAGAGUAAAAUUUUGAAUAAAUGUGUGAAAAAAAAAUUGGUUUAAACUUAUGAGUGGAAAAAACUUUCACUCGGACUCAGAGUUGAGAAAAAGUGUAUUUAUGAUCCCGGCCAUGAGGAGUUCAAAAACAUGUCUACAGCCCCGACUCUAAUGAAAACCAACCUCUCUAACCCCACAUCCCUGAAAAUAAAUGUGGAAAGAUAAAUUUUGUGAGAAUGUUUGUGAUUGCUGAGAAAGAAAGAAUGUUGACUUUUUUGUUGGUUUAUGUUACGAUAUCUGUCAGUUUUAAGUUUAGUUCGUUUUUCAAAAUCUGAUUUUUCAUGCAGUUGUAAAAGUUGUAAUAAGAAAUAAUUUUUUUGCAAUAUUUCAAAAUUCGACAGGAACAGUUAGGACAUAUUUAAGAGUAUAGUAUAGUCAUAUUGAAGUUCCCCUAAUUUUUGUUCAGCAGAUUCUCUGAUAUACUUGCUUAACUGAAAUAAUAGAUUACCUUCUCAAGUCGUUUCUUAAAGUCAGUUUGCAAUAUUUGAUUUGACAAACCUAUUUUUGAUAUAACCACAAAAGAAUCUUUGGUUGUAUUGAAUUUUCAAUUUUUUGCUUUUUGAUCUGCUUGCUUCUGUCAAGUACUUCCUUUUCCUAAUUUUCAUCCAAUCAUCUUUGAAGCCACAAUUCACUAGUAUACUUAAAUAAUAUUACUCUUUCUUUAGAUAAUUUUCAAGCUUUAAAAUUAUGUUUAAGGCCUCAAUUCCGAGAUGAAUGUGCUGUUUUUCUUGCAAUUAAUUCAUGCAAUGUAGCCUCAAAUAAGAAAUAUGCAAGUUUGCUUUAAUUUUCUUUCAUGUUUUCGAGAGUUUAUCCCCCAUUUUCAAUUUUUUAAACAUGGGCCAUGUUUAACGGCUUGAAGUUAGAGGGUUUUCUUUCACAUUUACAAGUUGAGGUUCUUUUUUUAUUUUGGUUUCGAGCGAACAAUUUUUAGAAUUUGAGUAAUGGGUUCCUUGUUUUAAAUUGACUAGGAGUAAAGUUUAAAACAGGCAUAAUAUACCAGUAGUUUAACCCCCUUUUCUCGCAUUCUAUUUCUAUAUGCAAAUUCUGUACUCCAAUUCUGUACUCUCCAUAAUAUUUGGAUUCAAAGUGAUGGAUUCUUUCUUUGUUUUAUAUUGAAUUAUAAAGAAAGUUGGACACAGACAAGUAUUUUAAAUCUUUUUUUUUAGUGUGGCGUCCAUUUUCAUAUGAAAAUUCUGUACUGCAUUAUCUUUUCUGCACAGAAUAAGAAUGUAAUGGACAGCAUGUCAAUAACUCUUACAAAUGUGAUAUUACUCUUUCAGUUUUACAUAAUACAUUCUAUAUCCAACGAACCCGGAAAGAAAUUCUAACAAGCAGAGACAUUUUAAACCAUAGCAAGAAAAGUUAUAAUUAAUAAAUAACUUCCUGUAGGCUCUAAAAUCAUUUCUGAUAAGGUCAUAUGAGUAUAAAACAAUUUUAACCUUUGUUAUUACAUGGUCCAUGAAAACCAAAUUUGUAUAA